GUGAUGGGGGCGGGGCUUCGGAGGGUUGGAAUUUUGGCGGGUGAUUGGGAGGAAGCGAGCAGAUGGCGCCAAAGGAGGAGAGAGGAGGAGGAAGGAUUGAGGCCCAAAACAGCUUGCAACUUUAAAAAGUAAUACAUUUAAAUACGAUUAAAAAUACACAUACCUUGGAGUUUGUACCAGUUUCCCAAUUUUGGACGUGAACUCAUAAAAAAAGACUCUCUAGAAGUCAACAAUUCUUUUGUGAAGUGUCUGCUGGUGCAGCUCAUGACAUGGAUGACAGUGAUAGCUUAGACCUGUUGGCCUCCCUCUUGGAGGAGAAUGAGGCCACUGCAGAGCCUGUUUCCGGAGAGAAGAGCACAGAUAAUGUAGCCGUGGCAAGUGAUCCUGAUGAUUAUGACAAGCUCUUUGAUGAAGAAGAUGAAGAGUCCUACACUGAGGAGGUGGAGGGCGAGGAAGAGAAAUCCAGUGGCCAUGAAGAAAGUGUGGCUGAGUUGUUUGGAGAUGUGGGAGACCUCUCAGAAGAGGAACAGGGGAAGGACACUGUGCCCGGAACACCUCUUUCCUCAGCUGGUGAUCAAGCAAAGGAGGCCACCAAUCAAGCCCUGCAAGAUGAGUUGAGAAAGUUGCAAGCUCAAAUGAAGAAACUGCAGGAACAAUUAGAAAUGACCGCAAUAGCACAACCAGUUAGUGCUGGCCCUAGCAGGAAAUCUCCUGUUCAAUCACCUGCUGCCCUUAUAAAGGAACAGAAGCCUCCACAACUUCAAGAAUCACCUUGCUUUUCAGCCCAGCUCAGCAAGCCUUCUUUCCCAUCCACCAAAACCCACAAGCCAACUUCCCUUUCUGGUAUAGUAGUUAAUUUCCUUUUAUUUCAAGGGUAA